AUGAUCGCUGAGGGUAAGGAAAAGGAGGUUUCCAGCUGUCGUAAACGAGGUGGUCCUGAGGAUGUAAAUCUUGGUAAGUUCCCUUUAUAA